UGUUGCAGCAGACUUAUCGAUGCACAAGUUCGACGCAUAUCAUAAAUCACCUUUCACAGAGCGGCUGAUUGUGUGUUUGGAUGGACUGCAUUCAUCGCGGCUCCUCUGUGCGUCACGCGGCUAUUGAAGGUGAAUGAGUGACUGCUGAGAAUCAACUGGCCACCUGUGGGUCAUGUGCUCGCGAUGCAGCGGACGCCGCUGAUUUAUUUGGUAUUCUUAAAACGUCGUACACGAGCGAAUAAAAGAGCUGAAGGCAAACAUAAGCUCGCGCUCUGACAGACGCCAUACGCUCGCGCCUGGUGUAUUACAUGCACAAGGAACAGGUUUAUUGGCAAGACUGAGGAUUUAACAGUUUAAGUGUUAUUUCUGUAUCGUCAUUGCGAGAGAGCAUCUUCUUUGGUCUUCGGUGAUGCGGGUCUGGAUGGCAACAAAUUGUGGUGCAUUUCGGAGCGCUUGCAUUUGACAAUAACAUCAAGACUGUAAGGAUGCUGCCUUCGAUUGUUUUCAUCAUAACAGUGUAUUUGGACAUUAUAGUGAGAGUUUGAGUUUUCAAUUUAAUGCAUAUUAUUUAUAGCCGUAUAAUUGUUGGAGAGAUGUCAAGUUCACGUUACCUUUCCUUGGAAAUUGGUGUCACUCAUCUGGAUUGACUCAUUUAAGGAAGAGAUGGUUUCUCUCCUCACUUUUGGGAGACUUGUUUUGUCUCUGUUUGGAUGCCACAUCUGCUUAGCAGGGGCAAACCGCCCGGCUGCUCCUGUCAAUGUCUCUGUUACUCACCUGCGGGCCGAUUCAGCCACUGUGUCCUGGAAUAUUCCAGAGGGAGAGACCGUAAUUGGCUUUGCCAUCUCACAGCAGCGUCAGGACGGGCUGAUGCAGCGUUUCAUUCGCGAGGUGAACACAACCAGCCGAGCUUGUGUACUUUGGGAUCUCGAUGAAGACACAGAUUAUAUCAUCCAAGUCCAGUCCGUUGGACUACAUGGAGAGAGUCUGGCCAGCAAAAAGAUUCACUUCAGAACGCUUAAGAAAUCUGAACAUUUUCAAUCCGCCAUGAUGGAUCAAGAAGACCCAGCAGUUGAGGGUUUAGACAUAUCCAGACAUCUACUAUCCGGAGAGAUACUGAUCAUUAUGAUGGUGCUGCUAAUGUGGGCAGCUGUGAUUGCGCUCUUCUGUAAGCAAUACGAUAUCAUCAAAGACAACGACUCCAACAACCACAGUAAAGAGAAAACAAAACCUCUGUCUGAGCAAAGUACACCAGAAUACCAUAAUGGAGGCCUGCUGGGCAGCAAGUUUCAAAACACAUCAUCUUCUGUUAGCAUCAUCAAGGUUUAACCAAGAUGUCAUCAACAGAUCUGUCUACGGAUAUCAAUGCAUUAUUUGAUAUUCAUGACAAGCGUGAAAAGGCAAUAGUAACUUAAACUAUCUCUCGAAUCGGGAAUCAUUAGGUAGUAUACGGGUAUUCGGUGGAAUAUUCCAAUAAAGGACACUGAACAUACUGUUCUUCUUCAAUGAUAAACAACUAUAUGGCUAAUCACAAGAGGAGCUGUUGGUGCUAUGAAUAUUGUGGAGUUCAAACAUUGGCAGCAAGAUAUCACAGUGUCGAUCUGUGCAUAUGGUUUUGUUGUGAAUGUGUUACUUUGAAAGAGGAUUACUGUAUGAAUGCAUAGUAUUGUAUAUGUGACAUUUGUCAUUAAUUCUUGCAAACUAUGACAACAAAUUCAUCAAUAGCCACAGAAGCGGCUUAAAAAUAUGCAUUAUUAAUUUCUCACUGCAAUGGACUGUGUAGGAAUUGCUUGUUUUAUUUUAAGUAUUAAUGCUGUGUUACUAAAUGUCUCCCUUUUAGAGAUUGUCGGCUGUUUUAUGGGGUUUCCUUAAGAACCAGUGUUAGAGUGUCCAGCGUUCAAUAAAGACAUGGUACUGUGAGAAGUAUUAGUGUGAUAAACUAGUACAGUUUUAAGUUUUUGAACUUCUAAAUUAUGUUAAUAGAAUCAUAUGUCUACACUUAUAUUGUAGUGUACAUAGUGAAAAUAAAACACUUCUUGCUGUACAUUUUUUACAUAGUUGGCUGAGCGAUAAGUUUAGAUUCAGUUAUUUAAGAAGGCCACACAGUUGUAGUUUGAGGCAAUAGGUAAUGAGUGUAAUUUAAAUACUGUAUUUUAGUUUAGAGGUUAGAAGCUGUUUAACCACUGAAGUUUAUUAAUAUUCUGAUUCUCAGUCCUUCUUUCCAAUAAAUGGGAAAC